AAUCUUCAAUUCUCGAAAUACCUGACAACAGAAGGCCUCCGCACGAUCCCACCGUUGAUCAUAAAAGGCGCUCACUUCAAUCCAACGGCCACACAUCUUCGUUCUUCUUCUCUACCCGAAUUUUCAAGUUUCUCGUGUUCUGUUUUUUCUGCUGUACAUCGUUUGGAAUCACAAACCGGAAUCGGAAUUAAUUAUUCCAUUCUCAGAUAUCGCUAUCCCAGUUCUGAAUUAUCUUACCCUCGAAUGAGCACUGAGCCAUUUGAUCUUUGAAUUGAUAGCUUUAGCAUUGACAUGAAGGUGAAAAGCAGUAAAUUUACACAAGUUUGUACAAAAGAGUAGUGAUCUUGGAAUAGUGUGAUACAAAUUGAGUAGUGCGCAAUGGAUGACAUCUGUGGCAGCGAUGAACCCAUGCAUAUGAAUGAUAAUCUGCAUUUGCAAUACAUGCAAGAUCAUGAGCAUCAUCACGGGUUGGACCAAAUAAGCAAUGUAGAUGGGGUGGCUGAUGAUCAUGAAAAUGGAAGUGGUGGAGCUGAACUUGUCCAAGCCGAUGUCCCAUCUGACCCCUUGAAUCUUUCUGAUACGCGUGAUGGGAUGAUGGACCAUGGCCCCGAAAAUGGGGACCAGCUCACAUUGUCGUUUCAGGGUCAGGUUUUCGUGUUCGAUUCUGUGUCACCUGAGAAGGUUCAAGCUGUGUUGUUACUAUUGGGGGGCCGUGAAGUACCUCCAAGUAUGCCUGCUGUCCCACUAACCACGCAGCAUAAUAAUCAGGGCCUUACUAGUACUCCACAACGGUUGAGUGUCCCUCAAAGAUUGGCUUCACUAAUUAGAUUCCGUGAAAAACGGAAAGAACGAAAUUUUGACAAGAAGAUUCGUUAUACUGUUCGAAAAGAGGUAGCACUUAGGAUGCAACGAAAGAAAGGUCAAUUCACAUCUUCUAAACCCAAUAAUGAUGAUUCUGCAUCAGCCGUCACAAGUUCGGGCUCGAACGAGAGCUGGAGUCAGGAUGGUAAUGGAUCGCAACAUCAAGAGGCUGUCUGUCGACACUGUGGCAUCAAUGAGAAGUGUACACCAAUGAUGCGACGUGGACCUGAUGGACCAAGAACCCUUUGCAAUGCAUGUGGACUUAUGUGGGCAAACAAGGGUACUCUGAGGGACCUCUCCAAGGCAGCAGCACCCCAAGCAGGACAAAACCCUUCCGUAAGCAAGAACGAAGAUAUCAAACCUGAUUUAUAAAGCAUGCUUCGUUCUUAUGAAGAUUUUAAAGUAUAGAAUUGUAUUCUAUUCCGGUAUUUCUUGACUUCUUUUCCUCUCUUCUACUUCCGUUUGUUUUCCAGAACUGAAAUUUGGCGGCUGACCAGGUCUUUAGAAUUACGGGAAGCGGUAGUGGUCUUCGUUAUAGCUUUUAGCUCGGGCCAGCCAUUGUAUAGAGGAGCUUUAGAUGAUUAGAAGUAAUUUUGAAAUGCUCCUUUUAUCUCUCUUUUAGACGAGUUGAGUUUGGUCUCACCGCACUGCAUAAUAUGCCAAUAGGAUUUUCCUGCACUUGAAUUAACUAAACAUUUCGGCAUCGGGUUCCAUCUUCUAUCUCCUUGACAUUUUACUUGAACAAAGUAGUUAUGUCUGUAAAACUGAGCUUGAGCUUUCUAUCUGAUGGUGAAACAGCUGUUGU